UAUUGUUAUAUUAUUACAGGUAGGUGCUAAUCGUCUAGUUCCUUUUUUUAUAAUAUUUUAUAUUAUUCGUGUACGCCGGUUGUCGUUUUGUUUUAUAGUAUAUUCAUUCGGGAGCGUAAAUUAUUAUAUUUGUUUUUAUAUUAUAUUAUUAUUGUGUGUGGUAGUCGCCACUUGUAGUUUUAUGUAUUAUUAUAUAAUAUUGUAGUUUUUUAUACCUAUGUACCUAUUAUUGUUUGUAUGUACGUAAAUUAUUAUAAACACUGUGUGUGUCGAACACAUUUAUAUAAAUUUAGGUAGUUGCUGCUGGCCAGCUGCACUCCACAAAACGGUAUUCUUCGAUCAGAGUUCAAUCGAAAUGUCGAAUUCGAAAUCAUUCACACAAGCAUUGAAGUCAACGCCAUCAUUAACAUGUACAAAAUCGCAUGAUCCAGGGUGCUCUCGGCAGCUAGCAGACUCACCGAAAUCAAGUUAUAUCAUUCAAAGAAGAAAGAAGAGGAUACAUUUAGUUUCACCAGAAAUACAGCGGAGGCAGCGGGCUGAUCCGACGUUGAUUGUAAAAGAAAUGAGAUCAAGAAUAGCACCUAUAGACAUUAAUGCGCCAAAUAUAAGUGCAGUUGAGGAUAAGAAUGAAAAAUUGGUUUUUACGGUCGAUCUUACAAGUAUGGAAACGGUUUCUUCCACAGUACCGAAUAUUACAAAUGAUGAAAUCAUAGAUAUUAUUGAUAUUACUGCUGAUGAUGAUAUUACACUUGAAAACUUCCAAGCUAUAGAUCACGAAAAAACAACACUGAACAUCGAUAAUGAUGAAAUAAUUAAUAUUACUAAGACAAGAAAUAUAAAUGAAGAUGUCCCUAGACAAUUUUCAUGUGAUACUAAAUUGUUUGAUAAUGAUCUUCAGAUUAUUAAUUUUCGUACUAGUGUUCAAAAUAAAUCUAUUGAACUUAUUACUAUAUCGGACAACAGUGAGGAUGAAAAUACAUCAAAUCAACAAUCUAUUACAAAACCAAAUAGUUUUAAAUCUGUAUCCAAACGACAAGAUAUUUCUACAAUAGGUAAAAGUAGAGCCCCAUUUUAUCGUUAUUUGCAUAACCAUAAUAGGGUAUGGGAAGAACAAAAUAAUAGAAAGCUGCGACCCAUCAUCAUUGAUGGUUUAAACAUUGGACACACACAUGGUUUAGGAACGUUUUCAGUGAAAGGCAUUGAAAUAUGUAUACAAUUUUUCAUGGAUCGAGGGCAUAAAAAUGUGUUAGCGUUCAUUCCAGUCCAUCAAUGGGGACUACCUGGGUCUGAAAGGAAAACCCGGCUUGACAAUUUAUAUAAAAAAGGGCAAGUUUGUUUUACCCCCAGCAGAAAGAUCCAGAACUUGAGGAUGACAUGCCGCAAAGACCGAAUGAUGCUUGGAUAUGCCAAUAAAUGUGAUGGAGUGGUUGUUUCAAAUGAUAACUUUCGGGAUUUAUAUGAUGAAAAUGAAGCAUUCAAAAAAAUCAUUGAAAAUAGACUAGUAAUGGUUACGUUUGUCAAGGAUGACAUAAUUGUUCCAGAAGAUCAAUACAACGGAAGAACAAAUAUCGUGUAUCUUUCGGAUAUUUUACGUUUUCCAGAAUAA